CCUCCACCUCUCCCUGUUUUCUUCACCCUCGUUCCCUUGCACUGCGCCAACAAAGAAUUAACAACUAUAUACACACUCUCACUAGCGUAGCUAAGAGCUAAGGGAGGGAGAAGGAGAGGUCGGAGGCGUCAAAAUGUUGAGGAUGCAGCAGCAGCAGCAGGUUGAUGGCGUGGUGGGCGGCGGCAUCGUGGCGGAGGCAGAGGGCCACCAGGAGGCGGCGGUGUACGAGCGGGUGGCUCGCAUGGCCAGCGGCAACGCGGUGGUCGUCUUCAGCGCCAGCGGCUGCUGCAUGUGCCACGUCGUCAAGCGCCUCCUGCUUGGCCUCGGGGUUGGCCCCACCGUCUACGAGUUGGACCAGAUGGGCGCCGCCGGACGGGAGAUCCAGACGGCGCUGGCGCAGCUGCUGCCUUCGGGACCCGGCGCCGCCGGCCACCACCAGCAGCCGCCGGUGCCCGUGGUGUUCGUCGGCGGGAGGCUCCUGGGCGGCGUGGAGAAGGUGAUGGCGUGCCACAUCAACGGCACGCUCGUCCCGCUCCUCAAGGACGCCGGCGCGCUCUGGCUCUGACCGGCCACCUGCAUUGCUGUCUCGCCGGCCGGAACUCAUGGUGGCGAUCAACGACGGCGUUUAAUUUGCGUGUUGGUCGUUUUUCUUCUUUUUCUUUUCUUUUCUUUUCUUGUGCCAAGCCUGUGGCUGUGGGAAGGAUGGACGCGUGCGAUCGAUGCAUGGUGUGUUGAGCUUGACUAGCUAGUGAGAUGUAGAUAUAAUUAACAAGGAAAGCUUAAUUAGCCGUGUCAUUUGCGUGUGUUUAUGUUCCUUAGGUGAUUGUUAUCUACGUAGGAGUAGUUGGUUACAGAGUGGAGAGGGAUACUAGCAAGCUAUCUAUCAGACCAACAAUGUAAUGUAAUGUAAUGCAAUGCAAUGCAAUGACGCCUAGCAAGCUAGCAUGCACAUCAGCACAUGGUGUUAUUAUCCUGAGAUAAA